ACUUUAGAUGAGAGCAGUGUAAUUUUCUCUUCUUUUGUUUAUUAAAUAGAAUGUCCUAUAAAAAGGACCAAAAAAAAAAAAAAAAAAAAAAACCCCUCUUUAAAAUGGUUAGUUAAUUUCUUAUAAAGUAAUGAUACGAUUACAACUAUGCUUUAUAUUACUUAUACUAUCCCUUCAAUUCCAGGGCAUCCAAAUCUGAGUUAAUGUCCACAUUUAGUCGUUUUAUCUGUUUUUUACCCGCCAAAAAACUUCACAACCGAUUUUUAAAGGACGCUGCAAUAAUAACGAAGCAUCAAUACCGCAAUGUCCACAUUCACCACCUGUUCGACGAAACGCCCCACAGAGACCUCUAUUCUCUCAACUCUCUUCUCACCUCGUAUGUUCGCAACGACGACCCUCUUGCGGCAUGGAAUCUAUUCGUUCACAUUCAUCAUAUUCGUUCCGACCUCACUGCUUACACUUUUACGCCUGUCUUGGGCGCGUGUUCGUCUUUGUCGAACUCCAAUCGCGGCCGACAAGUCCAUGGUUUGAUGAUCAAACUGGGGUCUGACUCGGGAAUUGUUACAAAAACUGCGUUGAUUGACAUGUACUCCAAGUAUGGCCAAUUGGGUGACUCGGUUCGUGUCUUUGAUGAGAUGGGUUUCAAGGAUGUGGUUGCUUGGAACGCAAUGCUAUCGAGCUUUCUGCGCCAUGGUUUCCCUGUGAAAGCGCUGGGUGUAUUUGAGGCAAUGAGGAAGGAAAGAGUAGAUUAUUUGGAAUUUAGCGAGUUCUCGUUGUGUUCUGUGCUUAAAGCUUGUGCCUCUUUGAAUGCAAAGCGACAGGGUAAGCAAGUUCAUGCGCUGGUGAUUGUAAUGGGCCGUGAUUUGGUAGUGCUGAAUACUGCUCUGAUUGAUUUUUACUCGGGUGUGGGAUACAUCGAUGAAGCAAUGAAAGUUUAUUGUAAAUUGAAUCGCCAAGUGGAUGAUAUAAUGCUUAAUUCAUUGAUUUCUGGGUGCAUUCACAAUCGAAAAUAUGAUGUCGCUAUGUCGAUUAUGAGUGCCAUGAAACCUAACGUAAUCGCACUAACCAGUGCCCUCGCUGCGUGCUCUGAGAAUUCAGAUUUGUGGAUUGGGAAGCAGAUACACGGCAUCGCUAUCCGUCAGGGCUUCAUCUCUAGUACCCAGUUGUGCAAUGUAUUACUGGACAUGUAUGCAAAAUGUGGGAAGAUUUUGAAUGCCCGUUUGGUAUUCGAUCAAAUGCCUCAAAGUGAUGUAGUUUCUUGGACAAGCAUGAUAGAUGCAUAUGGAAGUCACGGACAUGGGUGUGAAUCUCUUGAGCUGUUCAAGAAAAUGGGGGAAGAGGGUAAUCGUGUUGUGCCUAAUUCUGUGACAUUACUUGCUGUUUUAUCUGCGUGUGGGCAUUCAGGUCUCGUGGAACAAGGCCAGGAAUGUUUUGCUUUGUUUCAAGAAAAGUACAGUGUGGAUCCAGGUCCAGAGCACUAUGCCUGUUUUAUAGAUAUAUUAGGUAGGGCAGGUCAGAUUGAAGAAGCAUGGCGACUUUUUCAUGAUAUGGUUGACAGCAGUAUUAAGCCUACUGCCGCUGUAUGGGCAGCGCUAUUGAAUGCUUGUACACUUAACCAGGAUGUCACUAGGGGUGAAUUUGCUGCUAAGCAGCUCUUUGAGUGGGAACCAACUAAGCCUGCGAAUUACAUAGCAUUGUCGAAUUUCUAUGCGGCCAUUGGAAGGUGGGAUUCGGUUGACUUGCUGAGAAGCAUUAUGAAAGAUAGAGGGAUUGCUAAGGAAGCAGGGAGUAGCUGGGUCGCCAUUGCCAGCAGCAAUGAGAAUUACACUGGCCUAUCGAGUUCAGAAAAAUUAAAUGUCAAACCUUCAACAAUUUUCGGCAUCAGAAAAUGAGUUGUGUUACUUCAGGAUUGGUUGAUUCAAAGUCCAUUUGGGGGUGGUCAUGGUGAAAACAGUAGCACCACCAUUGAUUUUGCUUCGUCAAAACUUCAUUUGUCAUCAAGGUCAGCCUUCCAUAUCAGCUUUCACUUGAUUCUGGAAUUGAGUUACUGAAAUCAGUACAAUAUUUUGACAUCAUACAUGCACUUUAGCACUUAAACCUGAUCUUGUCUUUCAAACUAUGGCAGCCACCUUUGAAUGACGAACCUGUUAAACUAAUACACCAUGUGGUUGGUUGUGUUUAAACAUGCACAGCUUCAUGAAAUUUUCUUCUGAUAAGUCAAUGAAUACAAUUUAUGUUUUUGUGCU